UUCGGACGGCUUUGAAGUGUCAUCGUCCCAUUGGACGCUCAAAACGAUGGAUUCUCUCAUAUCUGGCCGCCGCUUUUCGAGGCAUCCCACGCAUGUAGCCAUCCUCACCGAAAAUCAUGGCAUCCGAAGGGGACAAUUCUGCCAAACUCGUGCCUGACGGCUUGAACGAGCUGUGGGAUGCAGGCGAAAAGGCAACCGUGGAUAUCGUGUUCGUCCACGGUCUUCGGGGCCAUCCGCAAAGGACAUGGGAGGCCUUCGAUGCUAGCGAUGGAGAGCGCGUCUUCUGGCCAAAAGAAAUCCUACCCUCGACUAUACCGGAGAGCCGCAUCUUCAGCUUUGGGUAUCCGACGGACUUUGCAACCUUCUAUCCGAUGCUGAAGUCUGAUCUGAUACCUCAUACGGGCAUUGACGACAAUUCGACUUCGUUGCUCGUUAAACUCGGCAAUUGGAGGAGAGAGACGAGCACCUCAGGUCGACCUAUCGUCUUCGUAGCCCAUUCACUUGGAGGACUGGUUGUCGCGAAUGGUCUCGCCAGCGCCGCCGGGUCUAAUGAGCAGCGACAGGAAGUUGUGAACAGCACAUGCGGCACUAUCUUCUUGGGGACCCCGUUCAAAGGCUCCGACAAAGCUGCUUGGGCCAUUCUUGCGGAGAGGUUUCUAGGUCUCUUUGGCGAUAGCAACGACCAAACAGUCAAGGAUCUCGACAAGAAAUCAACGAAGCUGCAGCAAAUCAGCACCGAGUUCCACAUAGCACUGCAGCAACGGUACGACGUCAAGGGGGUGAAUCCGAUUCAAGUGGCCUGUUUCUUCGAGACCAAAUCGACAACGAAGACGUUCUGGAAGAAGAAGAGGGAUUUGGGCACCAUUGUGACGAAGCAGUCUGCAACCAUCUCUGGGUUCCGCCCCAUGGCCCUAAAUGCAGACCACUGUGCCAUGUGCAGAUUCGCGGACCCCCAGGCCACUGGUUACGUUGAUGUUACCAACACGAUGAAGAUGAUGAUAGAGAAUUGUGGCAAGAAGACGGCAGACCGCGAGAACGGGAGGGUCAACAUCACUCUUGGAAACGUAAAGCAAGGCGAUGGAGUGCUUAAUUACGGAGCCAUCGCUGGCCACAUGGUCGGCACCGUGAAGGACGCAGCCAAGAUAAGUGUGUCGCAUACCUUCACUUCUUUCGGAAACGGGUCUUCAGCUGGAGAAGCGGCUAUGAAGGUCUGGAUGCAGAAGCAUGGCGGACAAGAUGCUUAGAUUGGCGGUCGGGCAGAUACCCCAAUUGCCGCAAGCCGGGUGUCGCGUUACGCCAAACCAGGCGAAGCAGUGCAGCUCUUCUCGUGAACCAGCUCGGCUCAGAUGGGAAUCUUCACAUCGCAUUUGCUCCUCUCAUUUUGAGUAAUUCAGAACGAAUCCUCUAGCACUUAGAGAUCCGAUGCCGUACUCAGCCCGCGCAUAGCCCGCCUGCCGGAGGCCCUUCAGCUCACGGCAGCAUGCAAUGGGCGUGCAUCGAACCAUGUCGCAUUGUACGAGCCUCGAUAAGCGGCCGCAGA